AUGCGUUUCUUCGCUGUCAUCGCUCUCCUCGCCUCUGUUGCCGUCGCCAGACCGGCUGAGAAUGGCGCGCUGAACGUCCAGGUGAUGUGCCUUGGACGGAACGACGGCAUGUGCGUUGGCGGCAACAUCACGGCCGCUGGAAACAGCUGCUGCCCUCCUCUCGUCUGCGGAAGUGACCGACUCUGCCACUAA